UCGAUUUGUGUACAACGGUCUUAAAAUUGAUGCACUAGGUGUUCGUGGAUGUUCGUUGGAGUUCGUUUAAAAUAGUUUAAAAGUUAUCAAAAAUUAUUCCGUCAUAUAUCGUACGUAAGUAAAUACGACGUAAAUAUAACGAGAAAUGAUUCUUUGCUAUAACAAAUUACCCGAUAGAUGAUGACUACGGUUAAUGUAUCUGAAAGUACCAUCCAUAAACGCAGAUCGUCAAUUUUCCACUCGCGGAUUUCGAUAGCCCGCGAUCAUCAACAAGAUGACAAUGAAGUUACAAUUAAUGGAAACAGACCAGACCAAAAGGAAGAAGAAUGCAAUGUAAAGAACGUUAAAGCUUUUAAUCUAAAAGAAUAUACAGACAAACUCAAACAGGAACGAAAGGACUGGCAACAGGAGUAUAGAAAUCGUAAGGUUCAACGAAGAAACUUGACGAAGCAAAAACUACGCACAGAGGGACAGGGACAGAUUCUCGAUAUAAAUGUACUGACAGAGGCCGAGAGAGCUUUUGUCUUGACACGUCCCAAUUAUGAACACAUCUGCAAAAAUAGCCAGAAAUUAUUGAACAUGGCGUUAAAAAUAUCUAUGCUUAGUCAACAUGUACAUAAACUGAAUCAGAGAUUCAUGGAAAGAAUGGAAGGCAACAUAUCAAAGGCCACUGUAAAUAUUAUUAAGAUCUCAGAACAAUAAAGCAGAUGAGUAGUUUUAGGAAUAAUUUAUUCUUUUAAUUCUACAAAUUUACAAGCAAUAGGAGUAUCACAAUAAAAAUAUAAAUAACACUUAAAUUAAUUAAUAUAAAA